GUUUAGCUAUUAAAACCGUCGUUUUUCCUUUCGAAACGAGACGGCCGGCGAUGGAGAAGGGGAAGGCUUUAGCGCGGCGAUGGGCGGUAGAAUUCACCGAAGGCACUGCGGCUACUGACGUCCCCGACCCCCUCGGCUUUGCUGCUCGAUCCUCUCUUGACCUGGAGGAUGCGAAUCAGAGCCGGCAAAAGAAGGAAGCCGAGGCAAAUUGGAAAUCACAGAAAGCUUGGGAAGUGGCCCAAUCUCCAUUCAAGAAUUUGAUGAUGAUGGGCUUCAUGAUGUGGAUGGCUGGGAGUACAGUUCAUUUGUUUAGCAUUGGUAUCACAUUUUCUGCUCUUUGGCAGCCAAUAAGUGCGCUUCAAAGUGUUGGAAAAGUGUUUGAACCCUACAAGGAUCCGAGAGUGGAUACUCUUGCGCCUAAGUUGCUCUUCAUCGCUCUUAACCUGGCUGGAUUAGCAUUGGGUGUGUGGAAGCUGAAUACUUUAGGACUUCUUCCAACGCAUGCAUCAGAUUGGGUUUCAUCCCUAGCUCCUGCACAGGAAGUUGAAUUUGCAGCCGGGGGAAUCCCUAUCUACUGAACUUUUUUGGUGUUUGCCGUCGUGGCGUUGAUGAUUUCCAUUGGUGAUCGGAGGAGUCGCUUCUGAACAAGGGUUAAGUGCCUUUGGUUUUCAUGGAAGCAACAUGGUUGGUUUAGUAGGCUUCUUCCCUGCAAUGUAUACUUAAAGAUUCUCAACCGCUAUGAUUAUUAUGUUGGAACUCUGGCAACAUCAUAAUUAAGGAAUUAAUUUGAAUGUUAUUCUUAUUGAAUUGAAAAAUUAUGAACUUACUUUUGUUUCUA